AUUCAGAAUACAAGCAACAAAGACCCUUAGAUCUAGUCAUUUCAUCAUAAACCCAUCUCGAUUCAAUCAUAUGAUCAAGGCUUUUCAAUUCAGUUUCCCAUUUCUCUCUGUAUCAAUUCAUCAAUUUUAUUUACUAACAGAUUCACACCCAUUUGUUUCAAAAUGGGUAGUAAUUAUACUCAAAUCCCUAAAGAUUCUUUCGUUGAAUUGCAAUUACGAGAUCAGAACGACCAUGGAUCUCAAAACCCUAAAUUAUCCGAGAAGGAAGCUUCCCCAAUCUUCCAUCCUCGUGAUUUUGAAUAUGUUAAAUCGGAUGAUUUAGAGUACGAUGACGACAUUGAUCUCGAUAAUUUGCCUCUUGUAAUUGUUCCUAAUCAAGCUUCUGGUUCUGGGAUCUAUGGAGCUGUGUUUAAUUUAGCUACAUCUGUAAUUGGGGCUGGGAUUAUGGCUCUUCCUGCCACCAUGAAAGUUUUGGGGUUAAUUGUUGGAGUUAUUUUGAUAUUCUUAAUGGGUAUUUUGUCUGAAAUUAGUGUCGAAUUGCUUGUUCGAUUUGCUGUUCAAUCGAAAUCGAAUUCUUAUGGUGAAGUUGUUCAACAAGCUUUAGGAAAACCAGCUAGAAUUUUGUCUGAAAUCUGUAUUAUAAUCAACAAUGCUGGUGUUUUGGUGGUUUAUUUGAUCAUAAUCGGUGACGUAAUGUCGGGUUCGCUUCGUCAUAUCGGGGUUUUCGAUCAAUGGUUAGGAAAUGGUUUCUGGGAUCAUCGGAAAUUAGUGAUCUUGAUCGUUAUGGUUCUGUUUCUUGCUCCCCUAUGUGUGUUAGAUAAGAUCGAUUCUUUGAGCACGACGUCGGCGGCUUCGGUUGCACUUGCGGUCGUGUUCGUGAUUGUGGCGUUUGUCGUUGCGUUUAUUAAGCUCGUGGAAGGUAAAAUUGAAGCUCCGAGGUUGGCACCGGAUUUCAGUUCAAAAAAGGCGAUUCUUGAUUUGUUGGUUGUGAUUCCGAUCAUGUCGAAUGCGUAUGUCUGUCAUUUUAACGUUCAGCCGAUUUAUAACGAGCUCGAAGAACCGUCGCCGAAAAAGAUGAAUAAAGUCAGUCGUUUGACGACCAUUCUUUGUGUCAUGAUCUACGCUUCAACUGCCAUCGCGGGAUAUCUUUUAUUCGGAAACGAUACAGAAUCGGAUAUCCUAACGAACUUUGACAAACCCCUCGGGAUUAAGUUCAGUACGGCUUUGACUUACAUCGUGCGUGUCGGAUACGUUCUUCAUUUGGUUCUUGUUUUCCCUGUUAUCCAUUUCUCAUUACGGCAAACGGUCGAUGCGUUGGUGUUUAACGGAUCGGCUCCGUUAUCCGAGAGCCGUAAAAGGUGUUUAGCAUUGACUUUUGUGCUUCUAGCACUCGUAUACUUGGGAUCCACUAUGAUCCCAAGUAUUUGGACCGCUUUCAAAUUCACCGGUGCAACCACGGCCGUGUCAUUGGGGUUUACUUUCCCAGCCCUUAUCGCACUUCGGUUAAGUAGCCAAGGGCCCGGUCUGACUAGCCGAGAGCGGUUUUUGGCUUGGUUGAUGUUGAGUUUAGCCGUCAUGGUUAGCUUUGUUGGAACCAUAGGUAACGUUUAUAGCAUGCGAAGUAAAUCCGAGUGAUGUAUUUCGCUCGAUAGUAACAAACGCCUCCACUGAUCGACCCUUGACUCGGGCAAAAACGCCACCGACACGACCUUUUUUGCAAAAUGACCAAAUUGCCCUCGAGUUAGAUACUGAUGUUAUAAAAUCGUGUAUGAUCAAUUUUUACCUUUUAAUUUUGAUUAAAUUUUUAUUCUUGUAAUAAAUAUUUGUAUUUGUGUACAACGAGAAUGUUUAAAGUGCGAUCAUUACUAUGAUUAUUAUUUUGUUUGA